AUGGUGGUUGACAUGGAAGAUAGGGUACACCGUUUCGUGACUAGACUUGGUCCUCACUUGAUUAAAGAUUGUAUGAUGGCUUCAUUACAAGGUGGCAUUGAUAUUUCUGGUAUCCUGGCAUAUGCUCAAAAUUUGGAGGACCUUGAACGUCAACAGGGAACUGAGCAAGACCCGAAUAGGGGUUGCUAUAAGCGGGCCAGAUCCGCAGGUUAUUCAGGUGCUUAUCAGGAAGAGCUUUAUCGUUUGGCGAAUUUGGGAGUUUGCCUGCUGGAUUCAGAAGACACUAGGAUUACUUUACAAAAUAUAUCCCAAUCGACUCUUGCCUCGGAUGUAAAGACUCAACAGAAUAAAGAUCCAGCUUUUGCUAGCAUUAAGAAUGGAGUGCAACAAAAUCAGAUCUCAGCCUUUGAAUUGGAUUCAAAUGGGAUUCUCAAAUAUCGAGGUCGUUUGUGCGAUCCAAAUGUAACCGGGCUUCGAGACAGGAUCAUGUCAGAAUUUCAUUACUCUCAGUUAACCAAAUCAGCCAGUUUCUUACCUAUAAGGACCACCUAUGCUGCUGAAGACUAUGCUAAGUUGUAUCUUAAGGAGAUUUCAGAGGGGCAAGCUGAGCGGACCAUUCAGACUUUGGAGGAUAUGUUACGAGCCUGUGUACUGGAUUUUCAAGGAAGUUGGGAUGAUCAUUUUCCUCUGAUAGAGUUUUCUUAUGACAAUAGCUAUCAUGCCAGUAUUAAAAUGGCUCCUUAUGAGGCUUUGUAUGGCAGGAAGUGUAGGCCUCGUGCCGGAUGGUUUAUAGUUGGAGAAGCAAACGUAUUCGGGCCAGAACUUGUUCAUCAGGCCAUUGAAAAGAUGUACGACGACGAGAAUUGGAGUUUCAGAAUCAUACCUGUUGACGAUAUACAAGUUAUAGAAAAUCUGACAUACGAGGAAGAACCAAUUGUUAUUCUUGAUCGACAAGUCCGCAGACUCAGAAGCAAAGAGGUGGCUUCAGUAAAGGUUCUAUGGAGGAGUAAAUAUAGGGAAGAGAUGACGUGGGUAGCUGAAGCAAAAAUGAAGUCCAAGUAUCCCCAUUUAUUCCCUGUCACAGAUGAUACUAUUCCAGAGGAAUCCUUGUAA